ACGUCACGGAGCGCUCCCGCAUAAAGGCCCCGCGGAGUCCCCGGCGGAGCAGUCGGGCGGCAGAGAAGGAACCGGCGAGCGGAGCGGGGCCGAGCGCGGGGGAAGCGGGGCCGGGGCCGGGAGCCGGCGAGAGAGAGAGAGAGAGAGAGAGGAGGGGUUAAAUCCUCCCCCCCACCCACCCCCCCCAGCUUCUACAACCACAUCUGCCAGCCAGAUCGCCCCCUCCCCCUCGAGGAAACACCACCAAGGGACCCACGGAGGACCGCGCCCCCCCCCGCGCCCCCUCCUCCGCGGCCACCCCCAGCCCCCCCCCCCGCCUCCUCCUCCUCCCCCCCGCCGCCCCCGCCCCAACUUUUCUUCUUGCAUGAUUUCCCUCGCACGGAUUUGCCACUCGGAUGUUGUUUCCUCGGGAGCCGAGCUCGGAGCCACGUUGAACCAGCCUUUUCCUCCAGUGCUAUGACAGGCAAACUACUGGAGAAGCUGCCGGGGACCAUGAACACUUUGAUGAACCAAUUGCCUGACAAUCUGUACCCAGAGGAGAUCCCCAACUCUUUGAAUAUCUUCUCCAGCACCAGCGACUCGGUGGCUCACUACAACCAGAUGGCUGCAGAUAAUGUUAUGGACAUUGGCUUAGCGAACGAAAAGGCCGGUCAGGAAUUGUCCUCCUACUCGGGCACUUUUCAACCCGCCCCGGGCAACAAGACUGUCACCUACCUGGGGAAAUUCGCUUUUGACUCGCCCUCCAACUGGUGCCAGGACAACAUCAUCAGCCUGAUGAGCGCCGGCAUCCUGGGGGUGCCGCCGUCCUCGGGCGCGCUCACCAGCACGCAGAGCUCGGCGGGCAGCAUGGGGCCGCCGCAGGGCGAGGUGGACCAGAUGUACCCCGCGCUGCCGCCCUACUCCUCCUGCAGUGACCUCUACCCAGAGCCUGUCUCCUUCCACGACCCCCAGAGCAACCCUGGCCUCACCUACUCCCCCCAGGAUUACCAGGCGGCCAAGCCCGCCUUGGACAGCAACCUCUUCCCCAUGAUCCCAGACUAUAACCUCUACCACCACCCCAACGACAUGGGCACCAUCACGGAGCACAAACCCUUCCAGAGCUUGGACCCCAUCCGCGUCAACCCGCCCCCCAUAACCCCGCUGGAGACCAUCAAGGCCUUCAAGGACAAGCAGAUCCACCCGGGUUUCGGGGGGCUGCCGCAGCCGCCCCUCACCCUCAAGCCCAUCCGACCCCGCAAGUAUCCCAACCGGCCCAGCAAGACACCGCUGCACGAGCGGCCCCACGCCUGCCCGGCCGAGGGGUGCGACCGCCGCUUCUCCCGCUCCGACGAGCUCACCCGCCACCUUCGCAUCCACACGGGCCACAAGCCCUUCCAGUGCCGCAUCUGCAUGCGGAGCUUCAGCCGCAGCGACCACCUCACCACCCACAUCCGCACCCACACCGGCGAGAAGCCCUUCGCCUGCGAGUUCUGCGGCCGCAAGUUCGCCCGCUCCGACGAGCGCAAGCGGCACGCCAAGAUCCACCUCAAGCAGAAGGAGAAGAAGGCCGAGAAGGGCUCGGGUGUGCAGCCCCCCGCCGCGCCCCCCGCCGCCGCCGCCACCACCUCGCCCCCCGUCGCCCUCGCCCCUGCCGUCACCACGUGCGCUUGAGGGAUUGUGGGGGGCGGCGCGGUGGCACCCCUUCUCCUCCCCUUGCCCUCGGCACCGCUCCGGGGGGAACCCCACGGUGUUCAG